AUGACUCUCAUUGCCAUCCCGAUGUGGAAUAAACCCGUUGACUUUUGGGUGCUCUCGGUGAUCUCACGUUUCUGCUACCUCCGAUAUGAGAUGAACGAUAAAACGAUCGGUACGAACAACAGAAAGAUCUCGACUGGGGCAGAUACAUCCCAACUCCAGAUCAUCACGCGUGAGCACGACAUAAUACCCUAUCCAACAAAGGGUCCUACCAGCGGCAAAGCGGGCGCCCAGGAUAUCUCGAUCAUCCAGACCGAGGGUGCAAAACGCAAAGCUGGGCCGCAUUCUGCAUAUCGUCGUUGA